GGCUGUUCUGUCACAACAAAUCAGUGAAAAAUGCUGUUCUGCCCAAUGUUGUGUAAUUUUUCGGUGCCAAAAUCGGCGUAAAACUCUUCGUGUUUGCAUUUAACUCGUCUCUUUUCUUAACAAGAAAGGAAUGCAUACCGAUCUAUCCCCGCAUUUACAUUCAACUGAAUGCAAUCUCAUCAUCGAGGAGCUAAAAAAGUGCCACUCUGAGAAUAAGUUCGCCAAGUUUCUCGGCAUCUGCAAUGAUCUCGACCGACAAAUGAUAGUGUGCUUGCGGAAUGAACGCAAAACCAGACAGAAACUAAAUCGCGAAAAAGCACUCGAAAAGCAGAAGCGUGUCCAGCAGCUCAUGCGAGAACAUCAGGGAUGAUAACGAUGGCGGCACCAACCUUAGAAGAUUACUGGUACGAGGCGGAAACGCAGGAAAUCUGCGGCGUAAAAGUCCCGUCAAUUUUAAACGAUUUCAUCGAAAAUCAACCAUCGAUAGUAGAGCGCUUCUACACGAAGCUGUAUUCCGUACCGCCGAACAAGACAGACGAACCGCAGCAGAUACUGUUCCACUCCAACCGCAUCUGUCUGGUGGGAUUAGCAAAGGAGCAUGUCGCAUUUGAGAAGGGAAUUCGGAGCAUUAGCUUCGAGGUGGGCAAGUUCGACCGCAGCGAGAACAAGGUGUCGGGACGGAAGAAAAGCGGUGGAAUGAUCUUGCAGGCCGAUUCAACGCUCGCCCUGGUGACCUGCGUGGACGGCAGCGUGUAUAAGGUAAGAUCGUGCGUGCAGGGGAAGCUGGUGGAGGUAAAUGAGCGUAUCGUCAGCCGGCCGGAUCUGAUGCGCACCAGCGGGGAAGGCUACGUAGCCAUAGUGAUGCCCAAGAUCGAGCAUUGUGACGUGCUGAAGGAAAAGUUGUUGAGCGAGGAAGCGUACCGCGAGAUGUGCGAAAAGAAAUAAAGCUUGUUGUUAAGAGUAAA